AUUAGGGCUAGGGCCAUUUUUAUUUUUAUUUUCAUCUCUGUAGAUAUAUUCCCCCCUUGAAUUUCAUGUUUGAGUGCUCCCAAAAGUUCUUCGAUUUAUCAAAAAGUAUCAAUUUUGAUGCUCUGCGCUCUGCAUUUGACACCUAAUUCGUCUGCCCUUUCAAGUUUUUCGAGUUUUAUUCCCUUUUUUAAUUUUUUUUUUCGGUUAUGAGCUUUUUACGUAAAAUUAGGGCAUUCUGGAUUUAGCUAGAUUUUUGAGUCCUCCUGUUGAAUUUUGUCGAAUUUUGGUUUUUGGGUAGUUACUUUGGUAAUCCCCAUUGAAUUUAUUUGUGGGUUUUUUUUGUUGGGUAACGUUUGCUGGGUUUCACAAUUGUUACUUGAUUUUUUGUUGAUGCUGAUGAAAUGUUUUAUCACGAAUGAUUUAAGCGUGUUUCUGGGGGAAGUGCGUUUUCUGGGGAUUUAGAAUUUUUGAAGGGUGAAUGCAUGUAUCCUGCUGGUAUGGAUUUUCCUCGCGAAACAGGGAUGGUUUUGGUUCCGACGCGGUUUGUCUGGCGCUAUGGUGGUAGAAUUGUGCAUAUCGUGGGCUCGUUUACAGGGUGGACACACUGGCCAAUGACGCCAGUUGAGGGUUGCUCUACUGUGUUUCAGACGAUUUGUAGCUUGCCGCCUGGUUUUCACCAGUACAAGUUUGUUGUUGAUGGUGAAUGGAGGCAUGAUGAGCACCAGCCUUUCAUUAGUAGUAGCAUUGGAACAGUGAACACUAUCCUUUUAACUAGGGAGUCUGAUUUUGUGCCUCCUGUGUUGAGCCCACAGGCGCCUCCCUCUGCUCCUGGUUGGAACAUGGAUGUUGACAAUGAUGCCUUCCAGCGCAAGGUUCGUGUGUCAGAUGGCCCAUCUCCUGAGGCCUUUCCGACUAUAUCAGAAGCAGAUUUAGAAAUAUCCAGGCACCGUGUUGCUGUAUUCAUGUCUUCACACAUGGCUUAUGAGUUGCUACCAGAAUCUGGAAAGGUUAUUGCUUUGGAUGUUGAAUUGCCUGUAAAACAAGCAUUUCAUAUCCUGCAUGAACAGGGUAUCUGUAUGGCGCCCUUGUGGAACUUUGCCAAGGGAAAAUUUGUUGGAGUUAUCAGUGCGCUGGACUUUAUUCUGAUUAUGAAAGAGCUUGGCAGUAAUGGUUCGAAUUUGACAGAGGAAGAACUUGAGACACAUACUAUAUCUGCUUGGAAAGAAGCAAAGUCAUAUCUGAAUAGUCAAAUUGGUGGGCAAGGAUGUUCCAGACAACUUGUGCAAGCUGGGCCGGAUGACAGUCUCAAGGAUAUUGCUCUGAAGAUUCUGCAAAAUGGUGUGGCCACUGUUCCCAUCCUUCAUUCAUCUGCACCAGAUGCCACAAACCCACAUCUCUUGCAUAUUGCUUCACUUUCAGGGAUAUUGAAAUGUAUUUGCCGCUUCUUUAAGCAUUCUCCAAGCUCAUUACCAAUACUGCAGUUUCCAAUCUUUGCAAUUCCAAUGGGGACUUGGGUUCCGAAAAUUGGGGAGGCAAAUCGGCGGCCAUUGGCGAUGUUGAGACCAAGUUCUUCACUUAGUGCAGCUCUAAAUUUAUUAAUUCAAGCGCAAGUCAGUUCCAUCCCGAUUGUUGAUGACAAUGACUCUUUAUUGGAUGUUUACUCUCGGAGGAACGUGAAUCUCUCCUUUUUUUUUUCCUCCGAUCUCUACAUUGUGAUAUUAUAUCAAAAUAUAUUGUCGUUUUUCACCAGCGACAUAACUGCUCUGGCGAAAGACAAAAUUUAUGCACACAUUAAUCUUGACGAAACAACAAUUCAUCAGGCGUUGCAGUACAGGGAUGACCCGUUUUCUCCUUACGGGUCCAAUAUCCAAAGAUGCUUCAUGUGCUUGCGUUCUGAUCCUCUCCAUAAGGUUCUGGAGAGAUUAUCCCAGCCAGGGGUGAGAAGGAUUAUUGUCGUUGAAGCUGGAAGCAAGCAUGUAGAGGGAAUAAUUUCUUUAGGCGAUGUUUUCCGGUUUCUCAUGGGCAGUUAAUCGAACCCAAGGAUUGAUAUUGCCAUCUGAUUAUAUGUUAAUUNAGUGGGGA